GCACGCUGACUGUCAACACAUAAAUGAAAUCAGGAGGUCAGAAAACGCUACUGCAUAGCUGAAAUGAAACCAAGCAACUGCCAAUACAGACAGACAAGAGAAAUAGGUUUUGGUAGACGGUGAAAACUGUCUCUCUGGUGGUGUAGCUCAUUUCCUGUGCUCUGCUGAUGCUGUUGUUUGGCACUUUCUGUUAAGAUUGUUGUCCUCACAGAGAUGGCUGAGGCAACUUAUAAACUUCUUAGACUUUUAUGCAUCGUACAAGGAAUGUAUGGCCUUAUUAUAUAUCAUCAUGAAUCUGUAACUGCUGUGGAGGGCCAGAACAUCAGCCUGCCCUGCAUUGUGGGAGAGGAGAAUGAUAUCAACAUUAACCAACUGGAAUGGAUUAAACAACAAGAUCAGAAGAUCGCUGUUUUCAAUCCUCAAUUCUCUACACAUUAUUUUCUACACAAUUUCAAUCUGCAGUUAAUGAACAGGUCAAAAACAGGGAAACUCCAGGGCUCUAUUCUGCACAUGUACAAAGUUACAAUGAAAGACAGUGGAAACUAUAUUUGUGAAAUGACUUCUUUUCCAAAUGGCUCAUUAAGAAAAACUACACAGCUGCAAGUCACAGAGCCUCCAGUAUCAGUAAAGAUGUCAUCAAACCCUUAUAAGUUCAUAAAAGAGGGAGAUGAAGUGAAGAUCAUUUGUUCAGCUAGUCAUUCACCGAUCCGUUAUAAACUUCAACGGUCAAAGGACAUGUUAUUUUCACUGGAAAGCUUGAAUGGAGAGUUCAUUUUACACAAUGUCACCAGAAACAACAGUGAUCUGUAUGUCUGUUUUCCUGAAUGGGACUCAUUAGCCAAAAAUCAGCAAGAAUUCAACACUUCUGUUCAACUAACUGUGAAUUUCCUUGACAGCAUUGAAUGUAACAUCCGCAGCCCUUUAAAAGUCAGUGUUGGUGAAGACGUGGCGAUAUCUUGUAAAGCAAAAGCUUCUCAGUCCUUGCAGUACAAGUGGAUGAAGGGUGACACAACAGUGUCUUCAUCUGACACUUUUCCUCUGACUUCUGUGACUCUGGAGCAGUCAGGAACAUAUAAACUGACAGCUGCCUUUCAGAACAAUCAACUCCAGACAGACAUGGCAUUUACUAUCCAUGUUCUCACAAAAACAAGUGAGAGAACUACAACGCAGACCACACAUUCCAUAGUAAGAAGCUUCAGCACUGCAUUUCCAUUUCUCAAUCAAACCAGCAAACAUCUGAGCAACUUGACUUCAGUGGAGACCAGCUCAAUGAAAACUGGCUCUACUGUGACAACAACAGAAUCUGGCCACUUACUGACAAGCACAGCAAAACCAUAUGCAACUAUGGCAACCCUUGAACUCAUUGGCAGGUCUUCUGCUCCUCCUGUUGGCAAUGCAUCCACAUUACAUGCAACCACUGCAAACUCUACACACACCUCAUAUACAGUAAAUCUGAGCACAAUGCCAGAUUCAACAACCAGAAGCAAAGUAUUUACAUCUGCUGUCCUGAGGAAAAACAUCACCACCAACUCUACAGUGAGUGGCCCCAGUGUGACAACACCAAAAGCCUCAAAAAGCACUGCAUAUAUCGCUGUCCCUAUUGUGUUGCUGUUGCUAGUGUUGAUUAUGCUUCUGUAUAGAAGACAUCUCAACCAGAAAAGAAUGGAUAUGCCACCCCCAUUCAAGCCUCCUCCACCACCAGUGAAGUACACAUCAGUAAGGAACCAGGAAGUCUGCAUGACUGAUAUUAUAGUUUGACUGUCUCAUGCACUUUAAUGCCACCCACAGACUGUGAGCCAAAAAUGUACUGACUGUAAAAAAAUAAAAUUUUCGGUUCAAGUGAACUGAGGCCAAAUGUAAUAUUUUUAGUUUUCAUGUUGUGAUGAGGAGGAUGAUGAUGCACGGCCGGCACUGAAUAAGCUGAUGAGCGGGAGUGCAAGAUAAAGGGGAGCCAGAGGUGCCAGUUCGAGAGAGAUGCACGCGGCUGCGUUGCAUGUGUGUCCAUAUGUUUAUGUUUGUUUUAUGUUGAGUUUCUGAUUAAACUUUACAUUGACUGUUCAGCCAGUUCCCACCUCCUCCUUGCCCAUCCCUUACCCUGUUACAUUGGUGCCUCCGGCUCCCCUUUAUCUAGCUCUCCCGCUGAUCCGCUGAUUCAGCGCCAGCCGUGCAUCGUCAAUUGCCUCUCGAGCUUUACAAAGCAAACCACUCCUACACUGUGACUGUGUAACAUUUUCCCUGAAAUGUGUGAAAGUUCAAAAAUUGGCAAAGUUACAUGUGAGAGUGGAGGUGGGCUCAAAAGCCUGGUGAAUUCCCGAAAAGUGAAAGACCCUACAGGAAAUGUUAAAGUUUAAUCAGCAAAUCAACUAUUAUUUUCAAUAUAUCAGUUUUGCAUUCAAAUACAAUUACAGUACAGCUGCAAAUACAAUGUGUAUGUUUAUUUCUGUAGCAUUGCAUGUUACAAGUAAAACCCAAUCUA